AUGCCGACAGACGCGACGGAGAGGUGACGUUUCUUAUUUCUCUUGUUCGGUCGCUGGUUUUUUCCAUGCUCCGAUCUGAAGGGGACGGUCGACACGAAUGAUGAUUUUGAGUCAUGAUGUUGAGUCGUCUGGUUAUUGUUUCUCCUUCUUCUGUUGUCGUCGGAGAGGGCCUCAUUUUUUGCCGCUGGAACCAGUUCUGCAUGUUGAAAUUCGGGAAUGCGUUUGCCAAUUUCCUUCUUAUCUUAUUGUUUACUUCCCCUGAGGUCGAUCAACUUGUCAUUGAUCAUGGAUUGCGAAAUUCUUGGCCGACUUCUGCUCGCAUGGGGGGAAUCGAUCUGGCUGCCGUUUGGAAAGCCACUAGGAUUCUUUUCUUUCUUUUCAUCUCGUGUAGUUUUUAACGGAAUUUUGUAUAAACAUGGUAAUUUACUUUAAAUGCAGAGAAACGAUUUUCUUGCCAUCCAUUCUUUGCUACACAGUGUCUUCUCCUCUGGAAUUUAGGAGCCAUUAUGACUUCAUGGCCUAAUUAUCUUAAAUGACCUUUUACCAACUGUAAUUCCAUAACUCACAUUUUCAAGAAUCUGAUAAAGCGUCAAGUCUUACGUCACGAGGAACACUUAGUGUUGUUCGUCAAACUAUUUUUUCAUCAAAUAGGUUCAAUCUCCUUCAGUUGAACUUCUGUUACCUUGCUCGGUAGUAAUUACGUGGGGUGAGCGGAUAUUGACGUCUAAAUCGCUACAAUCUAAAUUUUGGAGAUAGGGAUACUGAUCUAGCGGAAAUUUUUCCAGAGAUGUGGAAGCUUUCUUUUUCAAAUGCCCGAAAUCGAUGCCCACCAGAUGGUGCCAGAAGUAAAGAUCUCAUGUUUCGGCGUUAUGCAAAAUAUAACUGAAAAUUGAAACCCAGUUGCUGUUAAAAUCAUGCUGUGCCUUAUUUUUCAUAGCUUUGGCAUUCUGUUUGACUUUGAGUAAUUCUAAUUUUUCUUUAGUAUAUCUGGAUUCAACAGUAUAUCUUUGUCUAUUAAUGUUCACAAGAAAGGAAAAUAUACUGAUCUGUCAAUAGUUUCUUGAAAUUCCGCUCAUAAUUUCUUCUCCCAAAUUAUCUACCAAACAUUUCCUAGCAUUGCGUCUCUAUCCCCGAUCCACAAUCAACUUUCAACGUAUCAAUGUUUAAGAACAUGUUGGCAAUUUUUUCCAUCCAGGUUAUCUGCAUGUCUCUGAAAUGGAGAAAAAUGAUUCUCACAUUCUUCUCCUUGUGUUUUGUGCGCCAUUAAAAUAUUCUACUAUGCUUUUUCUUUGUUAAGAGAUAUUUAUUGAAUUUACCAUUUUAAUUUUCAGACACCAUUGCUUUAAGAUGGCUUAUAGUUUAGGUUUUUAAUUUGGGCCAUUAACAGAUGCUUCCUCGCUACAAUUGCGCCUCUUGAAGCAGUAUUAUUUGACAUCGAUGGAACUCUGUGUGACUCAGAUCCCAUCCAUUACUUUGCAUUCCGUGAGUUGCUUCAGGAGGUAGAGUUUUCUUCUUGGCUCCAUCAGAGAGUCUAGUUUUCUUCCUCUCUUUGUUGACCGUAUGCCACAGCCUUGACCCUGCACGAAAAAUAUACUUUCAGAUUGGUUACAAUAAUGGCGUGCCGAUCACGGAGGAAUUUUUUGUGAAAUAUAUUGCUGGCAAGCACAACCAAGAUAUUGCUAGCUUCCUGUUCCCAGACUGGGAUCAACAGAAAGCCAUGAAGUUUAUGGAUGAUAAAGAAGUCAUGUAUCGAAGGUACUUUUGAACUACUCACUCGAAACUUACUCAGAUCACAUGUUAAUUGUACAUAACAAGUAUGGAUGAGAAAAAUGAUAGAGUUGGUUGUACAGAUUGGUUUCAGAGAAAUUAAAACCUGUAGAUGGCAUUCACAAGUUGUGCAAAUGGAUCAAGGAGCGUGCACUAAAGCGUGCAGCAGUGACUAAUGCUCCCAGAGAGAAUGCCGAGCUCAUGAUCUCCAUGCUCGGCUUGUCUGACUUCUUUGAUCUGCUCGUGAUUGGAAGCGAAUGCGAGAGAGCAAAACCAUAUCCUGAUCCUUACUUGAAAGCCCUCAAGGGCCUGGGAGCGUCCCCACACCAUACUUUUGUCUUUGAGGUUAGCCCUCUUCUCAGUAAAUGAUGAAAUCCCCAUUCCCCUGUUUCUUUUCUUCUUAUUUAUUUAUUUAUUUUUAUUAUUUUUAUUAUUUUUUAGGAUUCUGUCUCUGGGAUAAAAGCUGGCGUGGCAGCCGGGAUGCCCGUCGUUGGCCUGACAACCGGAAACCCACCGGAGUUGUUGAGGGGGGCGGGAGCCACUUUGCUUAUAAAAGACUACGAGGAUCCAAACCUGUGGAUGGCACUGGAGGAGGAGGCGGCGAGAGCAGCUACCAGAACAGUCGCGCUGUGA